AGAGUCGCUGGUGCCUAGGCAGUCGCAGUUGGGCCACCCGGGGCCACACCUGGUGAGCGCUCAGCGCUGCCCCAGCGCGACUUCUCCCGGACUUCUCCCGGGGUCCCAGAGUGUCAGGGGCGCAGCUGGCGACCGGAGUCUUCCAGAUCAGGCGAUUAGCAACAGGUAUUUAGGCUUCUACGUCCUCGAGGACCCACACCUGAGGGACGGGACGUACCAGACGCCACGCCUGCCUCAAUAGGGAGAAAAAAAGCUAGCGCCGGCCUGAGGCUGAAGCCACCUGUGCUGCGCCUGCCACCACUGUGCACUCUAGGUGCAGGUCACCGCGGGGGACCAUGGACGCGUCGCGGGACAUCGGCAGCUUUGUGGUGUGGGACUACGUGGUGUUCGCAGGCAUGCUGCUCAUCUCGGCGGCCAUCGGCAUCUAUUACGCCUUCGCGGGGGGCGGCCAGCAGACCUCUAAGGACUUUUUGAUGGGCGGCCGCAGUAUGACCGCUGUGCCUGUGGCUCUGUCCCUCACCGCCAGCUUCAUGUCCGCUGUCACUGUCCUGGGCACCCCGGCCGAGGUCUACCGUUUUGGGGCGAUAUUCAGCAUCUUUGGCAUCACCUACUUUUUUGUAGUGGUUCUCAGCGCGGAGGUCUUCCUUCCAGUGUUCUACAGACUGGGGAUUACCAGCACCUAUGAGUAUUUGGAACUUCGAUUUAAUCGAUUCAUUCGUCUCUGUGGCACAGUCCUCUUCAUCAUUCAAACAAUUCUGUACACGGGGAUUGUGAUUUAUGCCCCUGCUCUGGCUUUGAAUCAAGUUACAGGAUUUGAUCUGUGGGGCGCAGUGGUGGCCACAGGGGUGGUCUGCACAUUCUACUGCACACUGGGCGGUCUUAAAGCAGUUGUCUGGACAGAUGUUUUUCAAGUUGGGAUCAUGGUGGCUGGAUUUGCAUCUGUGAUUAUACAGGCUUCAAUAACUCAAGAUGGCAUCAAUAAGAUUUUAAGUGAUGCUUCUAAUGGUGGAAGAUUAAAUUUCUGGAAUUUUAAUCCCAACCCUUUGCAAAGACACACAUUCUGGACAAUUAUCAUCGGAGGGACUUUUACAUGGACCACCAUCUACGGUGUCAACCAGUCCCAAGUGCAGAGAUAUAUUUCCUGUAAAAGCAGACUCCAUGCAAAACUGUCUCUCUAUGUCAACCUUGUGGGCCUCUGGGUGAUCCUCACCUGCUCUGUGUUCUGUGGGCUCGCCCUGUACUCCAGAUACCGGGACUGUGAUCCCUGGACAUCUAAGAAAGUGUCAGAACUUGACCAGCUUAUGCCUUAUUUGGUGCUGGAUAUUUUAAAAAAUUAUCCUGGUGUUCCUGGACUUUUUGUGGCCUGUGCUUACAGUGGGACAUUAAGCACAGUGUCCUCCAGCAUCAAUGCCUUGGCCGCAGUCACUGUGGAAGAUCUCAUUAAACCUCGCUUCAAGUCUCUCUCAGAGAAGUCUCUGUCUUGGAUUUCUCAAGGAAUGAGUGUGCUGUAUGGAGCUUUGUGCAUUGGAAUGGCUGCUUUGGCAUCGCUGAUGGGAGCCUUGUUGCAGGCAGCACUCAGCAUAUUUGGCAUGGUCGGUGGACCACUUCUGGGCUUGUUUUCUUUGGGCAUCUUGGUCCCCUUCGCCAACUCUGUUGGAGCAUUUGCUGGUCUGUUGGCUGGAUUUGCCAUUUCUUUAUGGGUAGGAAUUGGAGCCCAGCUUUAUCCUCCGCUUCCUGAGAGAACCUUACCAUUGUCCCUUGAAACCCACGGCUGUAACAGCACACACAAUGUGUCACACUGGAUGUCAACUACAGAAAUGCCCUUUUCUACUAGUGCUUUCCAAAUACACAACGUGGAAAGGACUCCACUGAUGGACAAUUGGUAUUCAUUAUCAUAUCUGUACUUCAGUACUAUUGGCACGCUGACAACUUUGUUCGUGGGGAUACUUAUCAGUUUAUCAACAGGAGGAAGAAAACAGAACUUAGACCCUCAAUUCUUACUAACCAAACGGGACUUUUUAUCCAAUUUUGAUGCUUUUAAGAAAAAGAAUCAUGUUUUAAACUACAAAUCGCAUCCAGUGGAAGUUGGUGGAAUUGAUAACCCCGCCUUCAACCAUGUUGAGCUGAACUUCACAGAUCACAGCAGCAAGAUCAAUGGGACUCGCUUGUGAAGCACCUCUAGGGCUAGAUGCUAUUGUAUAAUGUCUGGUUUUUUUUUUUUUUAAACAUGUUUUAGGAUAUUUGGAUCAGAUCAGUUUAUUUUCUAUCAUGACUGUUUUGGAAGAUAUAUUUUGUUAAAGCUAAAUCCCGGUUUGGUUUACUUCAUACACUGAUUUAUUGAUGCUACCCUGGAGUUAGGAGUUUCAACGUGAACUCUGGUUGUGAAUAUUAUGACUACAUACAUGUGUGAAAGGCAAAUACAGACAUACACACAUGGUACUUGAUAACCAAAGGCAUAUUCUUACAUUUGGGCAUUACUGAAAAUAUUUUACAUGCCUUUGGUGCUAGUAUGUAUGUUCUGGGAUCUUUACUAGAAUCAUAAAUUUUGGAAAGAGAUUUCUUUCCUCCCCCUACAUAUUCUGUUUCUAGGCAGCAGGGACAUGAGGAGGACCAGAACAUUUCUGUGGACUUUACUUCUGGAUCAGCCCAUGCUAUAACCUUGCCACUGAAUCUGCUUCUGAAUGGGUAAAUAACAGCAUCCAGCCUAGGAGUCAUUAGGGACUCAGUGAUCAAGUUUAUCUUUAAUAUGUUCUUGUGCCUGUUUUUUCCCCUGCUGAGAUUCCUGACAAUUGCCAAGUACAGUGCUUGUCAUAGACUAUAGACUAUUGACUAUAAAUUAUAGACCAUUGACUGUAGAAUAUCAACUAUUGACUAUUGAUUAUAGACUAUGGUUUUUAUCUUCAUUCCCAAUUUCUGUUCUAUUAACCUUGCUUUUGUAGGGCAUGUUGCCUGUAGUUAACUGUUCCAGCACCUUGCUUGUUGCCUUGUCUUAGGUAUGUCUUAACACACGCUAUAUAAACCAUGUAACCUCUGUCCUUCAGUCCCCAGGUCCCAGCCUAUACUAACACAUGCUUCUUGUGUAUUGGGUAACCCAAGAACAUUAUAUAUUUGAAAAAUGGGGAAGUCCCAUGGAAUUACAUAAUUGCUUUUAGUGCUGUUAAAUUGAACCACCAAUUAAUAUGGUUAAAAAACUAAAUUUCAUAGGGAAAUACUACUUUGUUUUCUCACAUGUUCCAGGUUAUUAAAUACAUACUUUGCUCUAUUUUCUGAGAUUUCAAGAAGUAGCUUCAAAGUUCAAAGUUUGGCUAUGUUCAUAGCUACAACUUGUGAUACAGAGUUUCAUCAAUAAUGUUUUUCUAUAAUACUCACAUUAGACAUUGUUUAAAAGAUUUAAAAAGUUUUCAAUAUUUUAAAAAGAGAAAUAUUGAUAUUUCAAAAAUAAUUUAUAAUUUUAUAUAUUUUUGGGCUAUUAGUUAAAGGCUAUACUAUUUACUUUUAAAGGCUGUUAACUGGCACCAAAAACUAAAAUACCAAAAAAAUUAGCAUUUAUCUGAAGCAAAGAGAUUUAUAUGCCAUUUGAAUCAACUAUAUAUUCAUGUAUUUCUUAUGUAUAUAGAUCUAUUUAUUGAUUAUUCUAUUUGUAAACAAAAAUCAAGUUUUGUGACUAUCUCUCAGUACUUUAAUGAGCAUGGUCAUAUAAUCUUUUAUAUGUAAUCUUAUAUGACUAUGAUUUGAAGUAUAGUUAUUUAUUAGAUAAUUCUGAAUGAAUGAAUAUAUAUACAUACAUACAUACAUACAUACAUACAUACAUAUGGGAUGCUUCAGUUUUGGCAAUGAGAGUCAGGUUAUUUGAUUAACUUUUUCUUUGAUCUGACUGCACAGAGAUUACACAAUGUGUUCUUCAUGACAAGUGGUAUUCCAAACGAGUUUGUCCACUUCCUGUAAGACAAAGUACAUCCUUGUGAGAUUUGGAAAUAUCAGUGUUCUAUUUUUACAAACACACGGGAGUGCCAGAUAGGGUUCUUAAAGUCAAAAGAUGUUGCUAUUGCUUAAAAGGCAUUUGUUUUUAACUUUAAAACUUGGGACUAAUAUAAACAUGCAUGAUAUGUCAACAUAUUAUAAUGUAAAGUAAAUAAUUUUUUCUUAUUUGUAUUGAACAACAAAGGAAGGAAACAAUUGUAUAGGUUGUCUGUCAGUGUCUGGCUGCUGACAAGUAUGCCUUUAAUUUCAUUUAAUGCUGAUAUAAGAAUGAGGCUGCCCACCUCACAAAAGUAGUGUGAAGGACCAGAGCUUUGACAGACUAGGAUUUCAUUAGUUCAAAUAAUUUGAGGCAAAUGUAGUUUGCUAGGUUUAUUUUUGAACUGAGAAGGAUCUGUACUAUCACGAUGUAGAGACAAGGCCUUCCCUAAAAAAUGUGUGCCACAGGGGUAAAAACACAUUUGAGGAUCAACCGGAUCAUUGCAACUGAAAGACUAUAAACCUUAAAGAAAGACAUGACUCAGUCCUAUUCAUCCCACAGAGAGAUGAAAACUGCAUAGGUCAGAUGUAAAAGAGCACAGAAUCAUGUUAUCAAUAGGUGGAUUGUUCGCACAUUCUCCUUUUUCCUCUUGAGACCAGUAGUUACCAUCAUGGUCCAUUGUGUUCCUCUGGGGACAUGUGGAGACAUUUAAGUGUCUAUAAUGAGAGUGCUAGUGCCGUGUAGGAAGUUAGGUUCAGAAAAGCUGCAUAAACUGCAUAGGACAGCUCUCCUCCCACAACCAAAAACACCAGUCAGCUGAAGAUACUAACAGUGUGUGGGUUGAGAAACCAUGGAAGCUAAUGGUGAUGCUUUUUCCAAAGCCAACAACCUGUGUUUCCAUCAGAAAAUACCACUAGCACUCUGGAUAAUGACCACAUACUUUCAGAGGAGCCUGAAAAUGAGAAGACAUUUUCACAAACAGUGGGUGACUAUUUAGGCCAGUCUUUGGCCGGCUUAGCUCCUUUAUGUUGUUUCUGAUAUGGCCCCACAUUAGGAUGAUAUAAAAUACAUGACUACUAAGGUCUCUUAAUUUCAUCUUAAUUAUGACAAGCACAGGACAUGAGGUUUGUUUCAUGAAAUAGGCUGAACAUAUGAUGUAGACACACUGGGUAGGAUUGAGGUUGAGGAAGACUGAACAACCCUGUGAAUUGAUUCUUGGAGGAAACUCGGUGUCUUCCCGUAGAGAUUGUUGAUAAGGAGUCAAGUGAGGAAAAGGGCUUGUAGUUCAGCAGUGAAAAACUCUUACAGAGCAUGUGCAAGAUCCUAGGCUUCCUUCCCAGCAUCACUGAAAAUGGAGUCAACCUAGUGCAUGGCCUUUAGUUCUUAAAAAUGCCUUGAAUGCAUUUAGAGUUAACUUUUGUACCACUAUUUGUGAAAAUCUUGGGAAAGUUGAGUAUUUCUAUAUAAGAUACGGUUACAAACCUAUUUUUUUUUCAAUUUGCCAAUUAAAAUUUCCA